AUGAAGCUGGGCACAGGGCCUCAAAAAGUGGGAUACAACGGAGGUGAGGGUGAGAAAGAGGAUAACCGAGUCAUGGGCUCGAAGCCUAGGGAGAGGAAGAUUCCCAGGCACUGGCAUGGGCAUGCGCAUGGACACCAUCUGCUCUUAAUCCACGAAUAUGUCAUAAUCGGGGACGUAAAUGGAAGGUUCUUAGACGGCCAGAUUGCAGACAAUCAUACAAUGAUUUUUAUAUUUACCACCGACCAACUAACAGACAGCAUAGAAGAAGGUGAGGUUAGAAGAAGUUCUGUAGCCCUGCAAAUGGUACCUGGAACAGGUAGUGGAUAUUAUUACACUUGA